GACCACACCCACACCACACUUGUCUUCUCUACCGGCUUUGAGAGGGCAGCAGCUACAGCUCUCUUCCUCUGUACUGUCAUUUUCCUCUGUCAUUUCCAUCCGUUCGUCCUUCGGAUAGACGCCUGUAGGGAUGGCGGAACUGGAGGGCUUGGAGUUUGGGAAGUCUGACUUCGUACUUCUAGAUGAAGUGAAUAUGGAGCAGUUUAUGGAGAAUCUAAAGUUAAGGUUUGAGAAGGGCCGUAUCUACACCUUCAUUGGAGAAGUGGUGGUAUCAGUAAAUCCAUACAAAAAGAUGGAUAUCUAUGGGAAGGAGGUUAUUGAGGAUUACAGAGGCAGAGAGCUGUAUGAGAACCCACCACACCUUUACGCGGUCGCAGAUGCUGCCUACAAAGCCAUGAAGAGACGAGCCAAAGACACAUGUAUCGUCAUUUCAGGUGAGAGCGGAGCUGGAAAGACUGAGGCCAGCAAGUACAUAAUGCAAUACAUUGCAGCCAUCACAAACCCCAGUCAGAGGGCUGAGGUUGAGAGUGUAAAGAAUGUGCUCCUCAAGUCCAACUGUGUGUUAGAGGCCUUUGGAAACGCAAAGACCAACCGCAAUGAUAACUCCAGCCGCUUCGGGAAAUACAUGGACAUCAACUUUAACUUUAACGGUGAUCCCACAGGAGGACACAUCAACAACUACCUGCUGGAGAAGUCAAGAGUUGUUCAACAGCAUGAGGGAGAGAGGAACUUCCAUUCAUUUUAUCAGUUGUUACGGGGAGGGUCUGAUGAUUUGCUGAAGUCCUUGUAUCUGCAAAGAGAUCCUGCUGUAUAUACCUACACAAGUCAAGGAGCCUCUGUCACAGUUGCAUCCAAUAAUGACUCCUUAUGUCACAAAGCCGUGAUGGCAGCACUGAAAGUGAUUGGCUUCAGUGCAGAUGAUAUCAACUCCAUCUACAAGAUACUUGGGACUAUCUUACACCUGGGUAACCUUCAGUUCACUAGUGACGGCGAACAUGUCACGCUUGUCGGAGAAGACACAGUAAAACAAAUUUCUGAGCUGACGUCCACAGAAGUGGAGAAUGUCAGAAAAGCACUGCUCUAUCGCACGGUGGCAACUGGAGGUGGUGAGGUCAUCGAGAAGGGACACAAUGAGCAGGAAGCCAGCUAUGGAAAAGAGGCUUUUGCCAAGGCUUUGUACGAAAGAUUAUUUGGUUGGAUAGUUGGCCAUAUCAAUGCAAUGAUUGAAGUGAAGGACUACAACCCUGCCCUGCACGGCAAAAACACCGUUAUAGGUGUGCUGGACAUCUACGGCUUUGAGAUCUUUGACAACAACAGCUUCGAGCAGUUUUGCAUUAACUACUGCAACGAGAAGCUACAGCAGCUUUUUAUUGAACUCAUCCUACGUCAGGAGCAGGAUGAGUACCAAAGAGAGGGCAUUACAUGGCAACAUAUUGAAUACUUCAACAAUCAAAUCAUAGUAGAUUUGGUGGAGCAGCCUCAUAAAGGCAUCAUCUCCAUUCUGGAUGAGGCCUGUCUCACUGCAGGCAAAGUCACGGACACCGUCUGCCUGGACAGCAUGAACAAAAAGCUGGGUCAGCACCCUCACUACACCUCCCGGAAGCUCCUUCCCACGGACAAGACCCUGGAGUUCAACCGAGACUUCCGUAUCCGACACUACGCGGGAGAUGUAACAUACUCAGUUGAAGGUUUUCUUGAUAAGAACAAGGACCCGCUUUUCCAGGAUUUCAAGCGACUGAUGUAUAACAGUUCAGACCCAGUUCUCAAGGAAAUGUGGCCUGAUGGGAAAAUGAGUAUUACCGAAGUCACCAAACGGCCUUUAACUGCAGCUACACUCUUUAAAAACUCUAUUAUCGCCCUAGUGGACAAACUGGCCUGUAAGGAGCCCUACUAUGUGCGCUGUAUAAAGCCAAAUGAGGUGAAGUCCCCGUUGAUGUUCGAUGAUGCACGCUGCCAACACCAAGUAGCGUACCUGGGCCUGCUGGAGAACGUCCGUGUACGUCGGGCUGGAUUUGCCUACAGACAGCUGUAUGCACGCUUUCUGCAGAGAUAUAAGAUGACCUGUGAGUACACGUGGCCCAAUCAUCUGAUGAGUACAGACCAGGAGGCUGUGGAGGCCAUUGUGAACCAACACGGAUUUGAGGAUGAUGUAGCAUACGGCCACACCAAGCUCUUUGUGCGAACCCCUCGCACACUCUUCACCCUGGAGCAGGAGAGAGCCGCACUCAUCCCUAUACUUGUGCUCUUCUUACAGAAGGUAUGGAGAGGAGCAUUAGCACGGAUGCGCUGUAGGAAGAUCAGAGCCAUCUAUACUAUAAUGGCCCAUUAUAAAUGCUAUAAGGUGAAGGCUCACUUCUGGGAGGUGGAGAGACGAUUCACCAACGUUCGAAACAUGGCCGACUAUGGGAAGAGCGUGGAGUGGCCGGUGCCCCCUGCAGCCCUGAUGCAGUUUCACAAGAUCACGCAACACCUCUACCGCAGAUGGUGGGCACGACAGCUCAUCAAAAAUAUCCCCCCGUCAGAUAUGGCAGAGGUGAGAGCGAAGGUAGCUGCUCUGGCCGCUCUGUGCGGUGAAAGAGUGGACUGGGGUUACAGUCGGGCCUGGGAGAGAGACUAUCUGGCCAAUGCCAAGGACUCGCCGCUGACAAGCUCCAACUUUGUGCGUAUUACUAAAGAGCUGAAGAACAAAGACCAGUAUGGCCAGGUCCUCUUCUCAUGCUUUGUCAGGAUGCUCAACUGGUUCAAUAACACGAAGGACAGAGCUCUGCUCAUCACCGACAAGCACAUUUACAGACUGGAACCCAAAAAACACUUUAAAGUGCAGAAACGGAUAACGCUCGAUUCUGUUGUAAGUGUGAGUGUAACAAGCAGCACUGACCAGAUGGUGGCGCUACACACUGCUUCUCAUGAUGAUAUCCUGGUUCACCUGCAGAGGGGUGAACUGAACUCAAAUCAAGACCGUGUAGGGGAACUGGUGGGCAUCCUUACAGACCACUUCACACGAGUCAGGAACACUGCUCUUCCAGUGAAGGUGUGCUCCUCAGGGAUGCAGGUACAAAUGAGCGGCAAGGCCAAGACCAUCACCGUGGAGACCAAGCCAGGCCAGACCAUUGCAGAUUUCAAGAAAAGUCGAACAGGAUUUACCUUAUUCCUGCCCCAUCAGUAAACCAGCCUCUGAUUGGCCAGUGCUUAGAAAGACAUGAACUGAUUUAUCCUUACAAUGAAAAAUGUGGCACAUGGGACUGUACAGUACUCUUAAAGCAACACUAUGUAGUUUCCAUGUAAAAAUGACUUACAGCUCCCCCAUGUGGUUGAAAAGCGCAACAGUGCCUGGUAUCAGACACUCUUCUGCAGGCAGGGGGAGGGGCGGGGCUGUGUGCUCUACCCUCCACCGCCACUUUAAGAGUGUGCUUGUAGCAGCUAGGAGGCUGCUCGGGUUGCAGCAACAGUACAAUUUGCCCAGUUAAAAGUUGUUCUAUCACUGAAAUAAUUUUAGAUACAUUAUUUAAAGGUAAAAAAACUACAUAGUGUUGCUUUAAGGGAAGAAGCAGUGAUUUCAUGCAUUUUACGAUUGCUUAUUUACUCAGGCGAGUUCAACACAAUCCUGUUUAUACAAUGCACUUUGUCAUUUUAAUGUCAGCUGUCUCAUGCAGAAGAAAACCUGAUCGUGUAUUUAAAAAAAAAAGAAGAUGGGACCGUUUAUGAUUGUGCUGGUUUUGCUCUCUCUUGUCGUUAUUUUUGCAAAUAUAAUAACCUUAAAGUGUUGUCAUGCAUUUUUACAGAGACUUUAUUAUUUAUCUCAUUUCAGAUGCGAAUAUUGUAAUGGCCUUUGCACUUUUUAACAAUGUAAAGUAUACUGUAUGUUCUCUAUGAUUGUAUUUUUUCACAAGAUUUUAAGUGUGGAGAUGUUACCAAGAGGUUUUACUGUCAUGUGCUAUUACUUCUUUUGAGUAAACUGAAGUAUUGAUCAAACAUUAUACAGUAACAGCACAGCAGUUAUGGCCUUUAUUGUGCUGCAGUAGUAAUAUAGCACAGGGGUCUUUGUUGCAAAUUAAAAUCUGUGUAAAAUAUGGUCUUUAAAUGACUGUAAUAAUAUUAUGUAAAUUGCUUUAUGGUAGUAAAUGCUCACUGGAAUUUUGUUGUUUGCUAGUGUGAUGUUUUAAGGUGUGCGUGCUUGUCACUUUAUUAGCCGUUUUCUGUCUUCACUUCCCUGCUGAGAGCCUCUCUCAUCCACUCUGUGUUUGCACUCCUUGUGUCUGUAGUUUGAUGCUAAUUCUGCAUGCACCCUUCUGUCUAUUGACAUUCAACAGCGUUUCUGCAUCUCAAUGUGUCAUGAGCAGUCACGUCAUUGAAUAUCUGAACAUGUAUUUUUGUCACACUUUUCGCUCUGGCUGUCAGUUUGCGUUGGAGUAGUUGACACGAGAUGUCAAGCGGUGAUAGCAGCGCAACACGCUACACUUCAUCUAUGACAUCUGUUGCUUAUAUAUUUAGUUAUCUUAAUUGAUACAAUUUGUAUAUUAUUUAUUUGAAUUUGUUCAUUUAACAGGAUGUUUUGAGUCUAAUGCAGUCAUUAAAAGCUGAUUAAAAUUGUCGUGAUUGUUGCUGGGAAAUUAAUUUAUG